AUGUUCAGAAGAUUGAUUCGAAUCAUGACGAAGACAUUCGAAAAACCUGCAGAAGAUAAACUUAAUCAUGUGCAAUCAGGUGGGAUCGAAAAAUCAAAAGAAGUGAAGAAAGAAAGAAUCAAAUAUGGAAAGUAUGCGAUGCUGUUAGGUUAUCAAGGAAAACAAUAUUAUGGAAUGCAGGUUAGCCAUUUUCAGACAAAGUUCCCUGACAUUUUUUACCCAAUAAUGCGGUUUUUGGAAAAAUAUCACAUCAAAGUACCAAACCACAGAUCACAUUCAUUCUUUUUUUUAAAUGAAUACUUUGUUCACUUCUAAAACGAAAUGUAUGCCAAACAAAAAGUGUUUCAGCUCCAAAAGGAUUUGCCAACAAUUGAAUCGCAUUUAUUGUCCGCAAUGCAUCAAGCUGGAUGGAUCACAGAAGCUCAAAAAGAAAAGCCAUUUGAUUUUUUCUUCCAAAGAGCCGCUCGAACUGACAAAGCAGUUUCAGCAGCAAGGCAAAUGUGUGGAAUGCAACUUCCGAGAAAUGACGAUUUUUAUAAAACCGAAGGAGCGAAAACAUUGAAUGCACUUCUACCAGAAGAUAUUCGCGUUUUUGGAAUUCGUAGAACUAUCAAUUUCUUCCAUCCACAAAAGUUAUGCGAUUAUCGAACAUAUAGUUAUACAACUCCGACAUUUGUUUUUGCAAAACCCGAUGAAUUGACAAAUUCGAAAUUCAGAAUAAAAAGAGAAACAAUUGACGAAGUUAAUGAUAUUUUGAAAAUCUUUUCUAGGAACACACAACUUUUUCAAUUAUACUGCAAAACGGUAAGUUUUGAAAAAGUUCCAAUUUGGCCCAAAAAAUGGGCCGAACCGGGGAUUGAACCCGGGACCUCUCGCACCCAAAGCGAGAAUCAUACCACUAGACCAUUCGGCCACGUUUUGGAAAAGCUUAUUUUUCAAAGAUAAUACAUCAUUUCUGAAAAUGAAGAUAACAUUUGAUAUAGAUCUCUUAUCAAGUCAUUUUUCUUCGGAUGAUAAUUUAUCCUACAAAAAUAAGCCUUUAACGUGUCCGAAUGCCAUUGUCUAAUGGUAUGAUUCUAGCUUUGGGUGAGAGGCCCCCGUGUUGAAUCCCCGGUUCGGCCCAUUCUUUUUUCUUAUUUUUUAAUUGUUGAAAUUUUUUUUUUCAGUGCUUUCAAUGACAUGUCAUGUAAUCGCUACAUUGUUUCUUUCGAAUGCGGAGAACCUUUUCUUUUCAAAGACGAAUUCAGAAAUGAAGAAGUUGAAUUUAUUCAAAUAACAGUGAAAGGACAAAGUUUUGUUUUGCAUCAAAUUCGAAAAAUGAUUGGAAUGGUUAUCACUGUUAUUCGGGAAUUGAAUUUGAAAAGUGCCAUUCAAAAAAGCUUUGAAGGACAGAGGGUACGUUAUUUCUCAUAACACGAUAUUUUUCCAAAAUGUUUUUGAUUUUUAGAUGGAUGUUCCAAUGGCUCCUGGUUUGGGUCUUCUUCUCGAAAGAACACAUUUUGAUAAAUAUGAUGAGAAAAACAAGAAAUCGCAUGAACCAAUAACAGUUUGGACAGAUGAAAUUGAAAAAGAAGUUGAUCGAACAAAGUUUGAAUUGAUUACCAAAGAAAUGUUGGAAACUGAAUUGAGAUCACAAGGGUACGUUGGUAGAUUUCUUUUAUUCAUUGAAGUGUUGAAUUGAUAUUUUUCAGAAUGCUCAAAUGGCUAGCUGAUCUUGUCCAUCACGAUUUCUCAGGUGAUGCAGAAGCUGAAGAGCCACCAAAACAAUCAUUUGUUACAAUGGCUGCUGCAUGUGCUAAUAAAGCUGAAAAAGAACAAGAAAGUAGUGAAAGUGCUGAAAAUGUCGAAGAAGUUGUUGUUGCAGCUUUGUAA